AUGUUCUUCCUUAGAAAAGGCUCAGGCCGCAGUGACAAAUCGGAAUCGAAAGCAGAGCCUGAAAGGAAGAGUUGCGACCAAGCAACACAACCAGCAUCAAAACCAAGACCAGAAUCGGAAUUCCCCUGCGAAGAGGUAUUGAGAGCGAGGUACCAUAAUUCGGCAAAGUUGAAGACAUCGCUGGAUUCUAUCUAUGGCGAAGGGAAUUACAAAGUCAAGGAAAGAGCCAACAGAUUCAUUCUCAUGCUACCAGAACCAUUGAAAAAGGGCGAGCUAGCAGCAAUUGAAAAACGCAUUAGGGUACACUACAACGAUUGA